AUGGAGAACACCCACAAACUAGUACUAAUUGUGACUUUAUCCUUUUCUUUUGCUAUAUUCAUUGUUUUAGCUUUGAUUUGUGUCUAUAGAAGAAAAGGGUCCCAAAAAGAUGAAUCUUGGGACAAAGAAGCAAGCCUUGAACAUAAAGAAAAAGGUGUGCAAGAAAUGGAAAUCAAUGGGGAUUUGAUUAGGUUUCAUGGUGGUGAAGAUCUCACAAGUGUUGAUAUACUGGAUGCCCCUGGUGAAGUUAUUGGAAAAUCUAGUUAUGGGACUUUGUACAGGGCUAAUUUGGUGAGGAAUGGUUCAGUAGUUUGUUUGAGAUUCUUGAGACCAACUUGUACAGAAAAGGUACAAGAUUUGAUGCCAGUGAUACAACUUUUAGGGUCAAUUAGACAUCCUAAUUUGGUCCCUAUAUGUGGGUUCUAUUCUGGAACUAGAGGUGAGAAGCUUCUUGUUCAUCCCUUUUAUGGGAGAGGAAAUUUGGCUCAAUUCAUUAAAGAUGAAAAAGACGAAUGUCACAAAUGGACAGUCAUUUCUAGGAUAUCAAUGGGCAUUGCUAGAGGAUUAGAUUAUCUACAUACAGGAUUUCAGAAACCGAUAAUCCAUGGAAAUCUCAAGUCAAAGAACAUACUCUUGGGCCAAAAUCAUCAGCCAUUUGUAUCAGAUUUCGGUCUACACGCCCUCCUGAAUCCAUCUGCAACUCAAGAAAUGCUAGAACAAGCUGCUAUCGAGGGGUAUAAAGCACCCGAAUUAAUCAAAAUAGAAGAUAUGAAUGAGUUGACAGAUAUCUACAAUCUUGGACUGAUUUUACUAGAAUUACUUACCGGAAAGGAACCUGUUAACAACAAAGCAAACCCUGAUCAAGAUUCUUAUCUGGAAACCUCGCUGAGGAACGCAAUCUUGGAUCAUCGGAUAUCGGAUUUGUACCAUCCCGACAUUCUGCUUGAUGAAAACAGUGGUAAUGGAAGUUUGAUAAACGAAGAUCGUGUUCUGGGAUUCUUUCGGCUCGCAAUGGCUUGUUGUUCUCCAUCACCUGCUCUAAGGCCCAACAUAAAACAGAUUUGCAAGAAACUUGAAGGAAUUUGACAGCAUGGAAAUCAAAGGGAAAUUGUCGAAAAUAGCCGAUGUGACCCCUCUUUUCACUUUAUCGUCAUCUUUCCAACAUAUAGAAUGAAAUAGCCGAUUCAAUAUAAUAU